GAGAGAGAGAGAGCAGAGUAAAAAGCAGGCUUGCAACUGAAGGAGCCUGAGAGAAAGUGUGCUGUGUGUAAUGACCCCAGAUGAGAUGCUCUUCGCCUUCUGGAACAUUCUGGAAAAAACUGUGAAUAAAGUUCAGCAAGAUUGCCAGCAAAGCUAACACGGAUACAAAUGUGCACCUGCAGGCCUAACUAGAUCUAAAUCCUGGUGUAUGUGGGGAGAAAACAGACAUUUCAGUGAUGAACAGAGGAUACACCCCUGGACAUGGAUACGUCCCAGACGCACACUUAUACACACCUACACAGAGGCCUGGGAACACACCCAUAACAGCAGACAUGAGCUGAUUGAGUCCUGUGACUGACACAGACAACGAAGGUCUGUGGAUUAACCCCCUUCUACCAUGCAAGCCUCCCCACUCCCUCAAUCUGAAAAAUCACACCCAUCCCUCAUUUUACAUCAUCAUUCAAGUAAAGCACCCUCUUCCUCUCUUUCUUUUCAUCCAUCAACCCAUUCUUACACGUCCAUCCUCAAACCUUCACCGAAACUCCUACCAUCAGAUACACCUUUGUGUCCAAAAUACAGCUGUGGGUUUCUGGCCCAAUCCAUAUCAUCCUCAAGUGCACCUCUACCCUCACUCCACUGGUUGACCCUAGUCACAUGCGCCUGUUUGCUACCUGCUUUGAUUGGACGGAUUCCUGGAGCUCUGGCUGGGGAAACGUGGGGUGUAGUUUCUUCAUGCCCUUUUCACUGUGUGUGCCGGAACCUUUCAGAGUCUCUGAGCACACUCUGUGCAGACAAGGGCCUCCUCUUUGUUCCACCAAACAUUGACCGCAGGACUGUUGAGCUUCGCCUUGCUGAUAACUUCAUUAGGGAAGUGGGUGGCUUGGACUUUGUCAACAUGACCGGAUUGGUGGAUUUAACACUUUCACGAAACACCAUCAACUACAUCAAACCUAUGGCAUUUGGAGACCUUGAAAGUCUCCGCUCAUUGCACUUGGAUGGAAAUCGACUGUCAUCACUUGGUCCGAGAGACCUGGUGGGUAUGUUGAACCUGCAGCAUCUUAUUCUAAACAACAACCAGCUGAUCAACAUUUCCUCAGAUGCCUUUGAUGAUUUUCUCCUUACACUGGAAGACUUAGACCUGUCUUACAAUAACCUGCGCAAAGCACCAUGGGAAGCCAUCCAGAACAUGGCUAGCUUACAUACACUCAAUCUUGACCACAACCUAAUUGACCAGAUUGAAGAAGGUUCCUUUGGUGAGCUUUAUAAACUUGCUCGGUUAGACAUGACUUCCAAUCGCCUUCAAACUCUACCACCUGACCCCUUGUUUGCAAGAUCUCAGACAGGUGUGAUCAGCCCUACACCGUACAACUCGGUAAUCAGUUUGAACUUUGGAGGAAACCCUUUGCACUGUAACUGUGAGCUGCUUUGGUUACGUAGAUUGAUUCGAACUGAUGACAUGGAGACUUGUGCUACUCCAAUUCACCUUGCUGGACGUUACUUUUGGUCAAUACCUGAGGAGGAAUUUACCUGUGAGCCUCCUCUUAUCACUCGGCAUACACAUAAACUCUGGGUCUUAGAAGGACAAAAGGCCACACUCAAAUGCCGGGCUAUUGGAGACCCAGAACCAGUGGUGCAUUGGGUCUCGCCUGAUGAUCGGAUUAUUGCUAACUCUAGCCGAACCACCUCAUUCCGUAAUGGAACCCUUGACUUUCUAGUGACUGUGGCUCGUGAUGAUGGUGCUUAUACAUGUAUUGCAAUCAACGCUGCAGGUGAGGCGACUGCGGUUAUUGACCUCAAGGUCAUUCCUCUUCCUCACCGAGGUAAUGGAACUGUGUCUUUAGCCCGGGACCCAGGGUCAUCAGAUAUUACCAGAGGAAAAACAGCCAAUGGGCAGACACCCAGCCAGGACACAAACACAGACCCACAGGAAGGUAAAGACGAGGUAGAAGCAGAGGAUGGAGGAAAUGAAGGAGGAGAGGACCAGUUUGUUGAAGUACAGGGAGUGACCUCAACCUCAGCACAAGUUCGGUGGGAUAUAGGCAGACUUUCAGGUUCAUACUUGGUUUGGAUGUACCAGAUACAAUACAACUGCACUGCAGAUGAAACUCUGGUGUACCGAAUUCUGCCUUCAACAAGUAACAGCUUCCUUCUGAAGAAUUUGGUUUCUGGAGCAGACUACAACCUGUGCGUUUUGGCUAUUUUUGAUGAUACAGUCACCUCCAUGGCUGCCACAAAGAUUCUUGGAUGUGCCCAAUUCAGCACCAAGGAUAAUUACCCAGACUGCCGUUCACUCCAGGCUCACUUUCUAGGUGGAACAUUAACCAUCCUGGUGGGUGGAAUUGUUGUGGUUACUCUACUGGUGUUUACCGUGGCACUUAUGGUGCGUCACCGGGUCUGCAGUAAUCACAGUAAUCAUCAUGGCACUGGUGGAGAUGUUGGAUGUUCAGGAUCGAAUUCCUCACCUCAGGGGAAAGGAGCCAAUGUCUUUUCACAGAGAAAUAGCAGCGGGGAGGUAAUGAUGGUGGUCUUACCUAAUGGGUUGCCUCAAAAACAAAGAAGUGCGGGAGGAGGGGCGGAGUCAUCAUUAAAAGGUCAUUCUCUCACUCAGAAACCCCAAACACUGCCUAAGCCCAAAGUAAAUCUAGAGCAGCUAAAAACAGCGGUAGGAUCACUUAAAGUACUUCCGCCUUAUACUCCGGAGGCUGAAAGAAUGCCAAUGUACUACACCCCCAAGAAACCGUCCUCAUCUACACUGCCACGCCAGUCGCAUCAGUCAGAAGGAGGACUGACUAAACUCCGUUCCACAAACAGGGAUAUAGAAAAACAGGCUAGCUUUACCCUUGUCUCCCAAUCACAUAGUGAUCGGAGGUUCAGCACAGGAGGGUCUCUUGUAGUCCACCGAGGAGGCAGAGACAGUGGAUGUAAUUUAGAGACCACCUAUCAAAGCUCAGGCCUAAGUGUGGCACGGCACAGACGUAGUUCCUCAUUCGACAUGGGCAACAUGGCGGCCACAACCUGCUAUAGUUACGCCAAGCGGCUGAGUGUCAUCUGGAGCAAACGGAGCCAGUCACUGCAUGGUAUGUUAGCCCAGUGCGCCUCCGCGAACAGCAUCUCCACCACCAGCAGCGGUAGCGGGGAUUUCCAUGUGAGACACGCACGUAGCGCUAUCCACGCCUACAAAUCCAACACCAUGCCUUCACGCCUAGCCAGGACACAUACAGAGCAAAGUAGAGACAAAGGUAAGGAGAAAGUAAAAGCAAAAGAAAAAGGAGAGGAACUGGAAGAAAGUGUAGUGUAGACAGAAAGGGCUGCACAUCAGAGCAAGAAAUGAAGAGACCUUAUAAAACGAGAGGGGUGACUGUAGACAGACAUAGAUGAAGAAGGAGAGUUAAAAAGUGCAAUGUGACGUGUGAUACGUGGGAGUGAAAGGCAGGCUAAGGUAAAGGUUGAGAGAAGAGAUGAGAGGGGGAGAACAGAUGUCACGGUUGAAGAAAAAAGGAGCAGACAUAAAAAGGUACAAGGAAGGGAGUAGGAAGAAUAAGGAGAGCAGAGUCAAGAAUCAGGCUAAUGUCAAACGGACUAAAAAAGAGAGAACACAUUGACGCAUAUCCUGAGGGACUGGGGGUCUAAGUGGAUUCUGAACCAACACAGAAAUUCAAUUUCUCCAAUGAGCCUAUACAGUGUGAAUACUGGAGCUAAAUAAAGACCAGGUAUUUGGCCUAUUUUUAAACACACACACAAAUCUAACACACACGGGCAAAAGGACAGACUGAUGGCAUUUGAGGAAUGAUCAAUUAGCUAUCCUGUCACUGGGAUUAUGGAAGCAGAGAGACGCAGCUGGAAAUGUCGAGUCAUGCCCAAUCAAUCGGAUAUGAUCCACAGAUAGACAGAGAGAGAAGAGAGAGAGAGAAUGAGAGGGAGAAUGAGAGAGAGAAUGAGAGAGAGAAUGAGAGAGACAGAGAGAGAGAGAGAGAAAGCUGCCUCUGCAGCAUCCUGGGAGCGAACACAAAGCAGCAUGGGCGUGAAAUGCAGCACUGGAAUGAUAAAAGGAUUGAGGACAGAUUUAACGCAAAGACAAAUAAAUGGCCAUUGACUAAGGGAUCAGUUACGGUGUGUGAAGCUCUGUGUGUGUAUGUGUGUGUGUGUGCAUAUGGAACAGUCAAGUUGUAUAAGGAAAAGGCAGAAGACUCCUUUUGUUUGCUUCUGUGAUGCUCCACGUAUCUAUAAUUAUCCAGACUGUGGUCUGGCGAACUGAUACUGAUCCGGUAUUGUGGACACGCUCACUAUAAAACUAUAUGGUGUCAUGAAGACUACAUAAAGAGAUUCACAAGAAAAACAACUGAGUGAAAAAACAAAGAAAGUAUAAAUCCCUUGAAAGUUUUGUUACUAAUUUUCAUGCGUGAUAAUAGAGCUAAAAAAAAAAACAUAAAAAAUUACAAUUUUGUUGCAACUAUCUUUCAUGAUUUUAGUUACCAAUAUGAUUGUAAUUAUCAUUGAGCUUAUAGAUCAAAAGAAAACAAAAUUAGAAAGUUCAAUGAUAAUAAUAACCAUUCUGAUGAUGUUUUUUGUUUGAUUUUCA